AUGUUAAGUGGAAAUAAAUUUAUUGAUAAUUGGCUUACUAAACAAAAUAAACAAAAGGUUUUUAUAGAAUUUAUUCCGUAUGAAUAUUUUAAAAAUAUCAUUUAUCUUUCUGAGGGAGGAUUUAGUAAAAUAUACAAAGCGACAUGUGUUAAUGGUAUAAGAACGGAAUGGAAUAGUCGGAAGCGAAGAUUUGCAGAAGCUAUUAUCAAUGCAACAGUUGUUCUUAAAUGUCUUAAUAGUUCUGAAGCUAUAAGUCAUGAUUUUUUAAAUGAGUUAAAAAAUUAUUUUCAAUGUUCAGAUGGUUAUUAUAUACUCCAAUAUUACGGCAUCACACAGCAUCCCGAAACAAAAGAUUACAUGAUUGCAAUGGCCUUUGCAGAAAAUGGUGAUUUAUAUAAUUAUAUUUCAAAAAAUUUUCUUACUAUAUCUUGGAAACAAAAACUAGGGGCGUUAAGAAAUAUAGCAUGGGGACUCAAAACAAUUCAUGAUAAAAAAAUUAUUCAUCGAGAUCUUCAUAGUGGCAAUAUACUUAUUCAUCGUGAUCUUCAUAGUGGUAAUAUACUUAUUAAUAAUCCAAGAAAUGUUGAUUUUGGUGUAAAAAUAGGAGAUUUUGGAAUAAGCAAACCAGCAAAUGAGAUAACAGAUACAAAAGAGAUAUAUGGGAAUACUACUUGGGAUGUGAUCAAUAAAUUAGACAAAAAAGAAAUAAAUUUCCCAGAAAACAUAACGCACACGCAUAUCAAAAAUAGAAAUCCGCAAGCAAUAUAUACUAGUAGAUCAUUAAAUUCUUUAAUUAACACUGCUCUACGGAUGAAAUUAAAUUAUAAUAUUACAAUUAUUAAUACAUCUUACCUAUUUAUAUUAAAUAAUAAUGCUAACAGAAAUAAUGAAAUAAAAACAUCACCUCAGAAUAACCAAUUAUCGAAAAUGGACUUAAGUUUUCUAUGCAGCAACCGAAUUUUGUACUAUUAUCAACAAGAAUCAGCAUCACCCUCACAUUCUAAUCUUAAUAUUCCAAAAACGCAUCAGUUUUACGAAAACAAUUUGGCUUAUAACUAUAUUCAUAAUAAAAAUAAAAGGCGAAAAUAUAAUGAGGAUACACACUAUCAAGAAUUACAAGAAACAGAAAUGCAAAGCAUCCAUUCUACUAUUAGUAAAAAUGAAAGACCUAAAAAACCUGAAGUAACCACUGUUAACAUAAGUUCUGAAGUAAUCACUAUGAUUACUGUCAACAAAGAUCCUGAAACAACUGUUACUAAUAAAAAAUCUAAAAGAAAUGAUUUAUAA